UCUUAGGGUUUGCAAGGAAAUGAUGGAGUUGAUGAGAGGCAAUGAUUAACACUACAAUUUGUGCCAAAAGAGAUAGUUGUUCUCUGACAAUUUGACAAAAAUAUGAUAGUUGAAUAGGGAUGGAGUCUUCUUCUCCAUAGUUGAACCGCUUUGAUUAUUGUUGAUCCAAUUUCAGAAGUUGAGCAAAUUGAAAUGGUUAAUAAGGAUUCCUGAAGAUUACACACAAUUUAUUACCUACUUUCUUGGACGAGGAGGUGCAACUAGCUUUGAAGAUCUUGAGUCCCAAAUCCUAGCUCGAGAGACAAUGAUUGCUAAGUAUCAAACCAGUUCCAUUUCGUCCUCUGCAAAUCUAACACACAAAAAUCCAAAUCCUCUGUUUGUUCAUGUUUCAGGUGUAGCACAACAGGGGAUUGUAAUUUAGUCCAACAAACUUGGUUACGCUCAAUAAAAUCCUUUGCAAAACGUUGGAAACUCUUUUGGAGGCACUGUAAUUCCUACUCGCGAUGGCUGGCAUGGUGGAAGAGGCAGAAACCGUGGUGACAACAUUGGAGGAAGGUCUUCGCUUCAGUGUCAGCUCUGCUGCAAAAAUGGCCAUGAGGAAAAUUUGUUGUUCCACAAUUAAGUCACUUUUUACAAACGAGGGUAAACAUGGUGGUGAAGCUACAUUGGAGGCUGUUCGAUUGAUUGCUGAUUAUGUCAAAGCUCAUAACUGUCAAUUACAUCCUGAUUCCGUUGAGGUUUUCUUGUCUCUUGCAUUUGAUGAGGAUCUUGGGAAGGCUGAAAAGAAAGUUGAGGAUCAGAAAUUUAAAAACAAGAAAAGUAAGAAAAGAAAAAACUUUGAGGCAUCAAAUCAGUUUCCAGAGAAUGACAGAAAGAAAAGUAGGCAAGAAUCGAUCUCUAAGACAAGAGAGGAGGUUGAAGCUGACUACAAGGCUGCCUCCUUUACCCCGGAUGUUAUGGAGUCGAGACAGAUGCAAUCUGAAACACUCUCUGCGGUGUUUGAGACAUACUUUCGCAUUUUGAAGCAUACAAUGCAGUCCAUAUUUGCCAGGCCUGAAACGAACCCUGGGGCAUUAUCUGCUGCAAUGGAGUCGCAUCCGUUGCUUGGUCCAUGUCUGAAAGGGCUGGCAAAAUUUUCACAUCUGAUUGACAUUGAUUUCAUGGGCGAUCUAAUGAACCAUCUAAAAAUACUUGCUUCUGGAAGUAGCAGCUCAGACAGCACUUCUGAGAAGUGUCCGAAAUGUUUGACCAUGUCCGAACGCCUCCAAUGUUGCAUUGUUGCUUUUAAAGUGAUGAGGAACAAUCUUGAUGCCUUGAAUGUUGAUUUACAGGACUUCUUUGUCCACCUUUACAAUCUUUUACUUGAAUACAGGCCAGGAAGAGAUCAAGGAGAGGUAUUAGCAGAAGCUUUCAAGAUAAUGUUGUGUGAUGAUAAGCAACAUGACAUGCAAAAGACAGCUGCAUUUAUAAAACGUUUGGCUACGUUGUCAUUGUGCGUUGGAUCUGCAGAUUCCAUGGCUGCAUUGGUCACGGUAAAGCAUCUCUUUCAGAAGAAUGUUAAGUGCAGAAAUCUGUUGGAAAAUGACAUUGGUGGGGGCUCUGUUUCUGGCACUAUUCCAAAAUAUCAACCGUAUUCCACAGACCCCAAUUUAAGCGGUGCCCUUGCCUCAGUACUUUGGGAACUCAAUCUUUUGUCCAAGCAUUAUCAUCCUGCUAUAUCAGCAAUGGCCUCGGGCAUUUCAAGCAUGAGUAAUACUGCAAAUAACCAAGUCUUUCUUCUCUCCAAGUCCUCUCCCCAACAAGCUUUUAAGGAAACGUCUCUUGACCAGGAGUUAUGUUUCACACAAAAUAGCAGUAUAAAAUUAAAUAACAAGAAGAGAAGAACAAAUGGCUCUGCUACAUCACCACCUUCCAUUGGUUCUACAAUAGUCACGAGUUCAUUCAAUGAGGAUGAGUUGCGAAGGAAACUUAGUUCCCAUUUUAUGCUUCUUCAUGACAUCAAAGAGAAUGAAAGGUUGAGAAGUGAGUUGGAUAGGACUGCACUAUCACUACAGCUAUAUGAACAAUAUAAGAAACAAAAGAAGCAACGAUCAAAACCAAGUAGAUGAGGUUCUAUGAAUUUUGUCAGCUUCUAUCUUCAUUUUUUUCCAUGGGAUCUAUCUAUUCUUUUCAGUUAUUUAUAUCUGUUGAAAUUCCAACUUGUGGCAGAGACUAGAGGUAUAAAAGACAGUUUAGGUUUUCAGAUUCAUGAUGGAUUUUUUCUUCAAGCACAGGCCUGAUAAGCCAUUGAUAUAUCAUCCUUUAAUUGGAUGUAAAGUUGAUGAAGAAAAAUAUUUGCAUAAUGGAAAACAUGAUCUUGAAAGUGACACGAAGAAUCUAGUGAAGGAGACGUGAAUUUUAGAUUAUAAUAAAUGAUGUGCUUUGUGUUCUUCUUAGAGCAAAGCAUUUGAAUUGGUAAAUGUAAUAUCUCUAAUUAAUUUUGUUAGCCAAACAACCAGGAGAUUUACAUGUAACCUUUAACUAAGAAGGGUGGGGAAUAAGGUAGUGCACUCCCACUAGGGUUGAAAUCUGUUGAUGAUGAAGUUU